GCGUGUUCGUCACCGUGUCCGGCUUUACGGAGCGGCAGUCUGUACGGAAGUUCUUUCAUCCUGCAGGAGAAGAAGCAGCAGAAGAAGAGAGGCUUCUCCUCCGUCUCGUCUCUCCGCCUCAAACCCAACGACCGUCCGUCCCGGUACCCCCGGUACCCCCGGUACUCUCACACCCCCGCGGCCGAGAACAGAACGCCUCCGUCGGCCUUCGGACCCACGGCGAGUCGGGCGAUGGCGAGGCCCAGCCACAGUGACCACGUCCUCCAGCAGCUCAACAACCAGCGGGAGUGGGGCUUCCUGUGCGACUGCCUCAUCGCCAUCGGUGACAUCUACUUCCGGGCACACAAAGCCGUGCUAGCGGCGUGCAGCUCCUACUUCCGCAUGAUGUUCAUCCGUGAGCAGCAGGGCGCGGGCGCCGGCCGCUUGGACCUCAGCAACAUGGCCAUCAGCGCCGAGUGCUUCGACCUCAUCCUGCAGCUGAUGUACCUCGGGCGCAUCGUGGUCGGCGGUUACGAGUUCGAGGAGCUCAAGGCGUCCAUGGCGUCCCUGCAGAUGUACUACAUCCCCGAUUCUCUGGAGGACCUGCGAGACAUUCGCAGCGCCAACAUCACGCCGUCUUCCACUGCCUCGUCGUCGUCCAGCGGGGCCGCAGUCGCCACGGGGAAGAUGAUGUUUGGUGUGCGCAUGUACGAGCAGCAGAGGACCGUCCUCGCAGCGGCGCCCGACGGCGAGCGUCUACCGAAAGCCGCGAGCAGCAGCGCCGGGCGCCAGGCCGUCUCAGCGGCCGUCUCGGCGGCCGCCAGCAGACCGGAGGACGCCGUUACGCCUCUGUUAGCGGCUCCCGUGGCAUUGCCGUUGGCGCCGGAUGGUGUCGUGGAGCUGCCGUGCGACUUGAGGAAGCGGCCGGGCGGCAGGAGUUCGUCUCUGAAAGAACGCCCUCGCUUCGGGCGCACGUACACCUGCGACGACUGCGGCUUCGUCUUUAGCUGCGAGAAACUGUUGAUCGAGCACAUCCUGACGUGCACCAAUCGGAAGGCAUUCCAGCGGCCGCGAGGCGGCGCGGACGCCGACAACGACUCCAGCAAAGCCGAGAGCUCGGCGUCCGAGAGCGUGGAGGAUCAGCAUCGGCUCGUCUGCAAGGGCGAGGACGAGUCGGAGCGAGAUGGCGAGCGAGACGGCGAGCCUUCCGGGAGUGUGUGCGUCAAGACGGAGCCGGAAGAAAACAUGUUCCCCGAGAUCGAGAUGGUCCGCGUGGGCGAGCACAGCGCCAGAGAGUGCGCCCGUGCUCGCUUCAGCGGGCUGGACGCCUCAACACGUGAGCCGGAGCCUGGCGUGUCCGGGCUGGACGCCACAACACGUGCUGGUGCCGGUGCCGGUGCCGGUGCCGGUGGCGGUGGUGCUCACGGCGAGCCCUUUGAAGGCCACGUGUCAAGCGGCGAGGACUCGGGAAUCCCCGCAAAGUUGCGUAAAGUCAAAGAGGAGAAGCUGGACGCCAGCGACGGCUGCGCUCCGUGUGAACUGUGCGGCGCUCCGCUAACGGAGGAGGAGAAGUCGGCGCACUACCUGUCCGACCACAUGGGGAACAUCUGUGCGUGCGGGCGUUGCGGCCGCGUGCUGAUCAAAGGGCGCCAGCUGCAGGAGCACGCCGAACGCUGCGGAGAAACGCAAGGAGGCGAGUCGGACUCUCCCGGCGAGGACGAGGCCUCUCUGCCAGAGGAUCCAUCGGGCGCUGAUGGCGCGGAGGAGGCGGACCUGGCGUGCCCUCACUGCGGCGCUCUCUUCCAGAGCGAGAGCCUGGCACUGGAGCACACCUUAUCCUGCCACGAGGAACUCUUCCGCCCUCCGCUGCUGGACGACGGCACUGCGGCCACGGGCGGGGAGCCGGACCAUCGACGCAAACACUUUUGCAGCAUCUGCGGCAAAGGCUUCUACCAGCGCUGCCACCUGCGCGAGCACUACACGGUGCACACCAAGGAGAAGCAGUUCAGCUGCCAGACGUGCGGGAAGCAGUUCUUGCGCGAGCGGCAGCUGAGGCUACACACCGACAUGCACCGCGGCAUGGCGCGCUACGUGUGCCCCGUCUGCGACCAGGGAACCUUCCUCAAACACGACCACGUGCGCCACAUGAUCUCCCACCUGGCAGCCGGGGAAACCAUCUGCCAGGUGUGUUUCCAGAUCUUCCCUGGCGGCGAGCAGCUGGAGAAACACAUGGACGUGCACCUGUACAUCUGUGGCGUCUGCGGCGAGAAGUUCCGUCUGCGGAAAGACAUGCGGAGCCACUACAACGCCAAGCACACCAAGAGACUAUAGGAGACCCGACCGCUGCCGCAUUCACACGCCUUUGUUACUUUAAAUAAAGCCAUAAAUGUGAGAACAAAUGUUAUGCACUUGAACACCAAAAAGUAGAGCUGCAACUAACGGUUAUUACUUUCACCGUCGUCGAUGAAUCUGCCGUCUGUUUCCUCCAUUAGGCCUCCUGCACACUGGCUGCGUGGUGUGAGCGUGGCGUUUCUGUUGCGUAGCGGCUGCGUGGCGUUUUCUACGUCUUUGCACACCAGAAAGG